AUGGGUCUAACUAAACCCGUCAACCCUCCUCCUGCUGGGACUGAUCUCUCGAGUCUGAAUGCUCGAGACAAGAGAAAAUUCAAAGAAGCAAACAAGAAAAUCAAAGAUCAGAUUUCUGUAAUUGGGAGAGACAAGAAAAACGCAACUUCCACCGGAGACGAUAAAGUCUACCGGAAAACUCUCCUGGUUGACGAUGGAUCUCUUGAAGGUUCAAAGUCAAUGGAGGUUGCUGUGAGCAAUUCUUCUCCUUCCAUCCCAGCAGCAGACAACGUGGUUGCUGCUACCGUUGAGGAGGAAGGCCUUGCAAGUGAUUCUUCUCUCAUGAAGAAAAGGAAGGCCGAAGAAUUCGAACCCCUCCCCCAGGGACGUCCCAAGAGCAUAAGGAAGGGCAGAGUCGCUCCUUCGAAUCUGCCAAAUCCUGAGCCUGCUGAAGCUCAGGAUGCAAAUCCUGAUUCAGGAACUGUUUCGAAGGAACUGCUAGGUUCAGGGAUGCUACCCCCUAGACGCCCCCAAGGCAAUACUUCUAGGGUUCGAUCAUCUCAGAGCUCGGGACUGGUUGCUAGAGCUUCGUCUCAAGCAAACAAAGAGAAGAUCGGGAAUAUGUUUAGGUGCUUCCACACCCGUGCUGGGAAAAAGCUUCCAUCCUUUGAUUGGUGGAAACCUGAUGUUAAGAGGAUGUACAGUAGUCACUCAUUCCAUUCCUCCCAGGCAACUCUGGAUGUGAAUGGCAUCGUCAACUUUUACGAAGAGGAACUUGCAAAAGUUUCCAAGAAGGUUGCCGCCGCUGAAGGAGAGAUUGAGAAACUGCAAUCUUCCAAUCGGCUUGUGCAGGAGACUGCUGGCCUUGACUCGGCUCGCCGGGAGGAAAUCGAGAAACUCGAAAGAUCCGGCGAGGAGACAAGGAAGACCUUGAUUGAGACAGAGCAAAGGCUAGAGACUGCCCUCGCUGAUCACAACUUCGCUAAAGGCGAGAUUGAGCUUCUGAGAUCGGAGCUUAACAAGGUUAAAGCAGCUGCUGAGGAGCUCGAACGUAAGAAUGAAUCUCUUUCCGAACUGAAAGAUCGUGAUGUUCGUAAAAUAUCUCAUGAUGGUCGUAAGGAGGUUAAAGAAGCUGGGCAAAAGUUUCUUCUCGCUGUGCAAGAAUUUAUCGCUGCAGACAAAGCUUGGAACAAGCUUAACUCCGAACGCGAUGAAAUGAAGAGCAACCUUGAUUUGAUCAAAGAGAUAGAGGACGGAAAAAUCGAUUUGGUUGAAGAGAAAGAGACAGUUUAUGCCGAGCUAGCUGAGACUGAAGCUAAACUAAAUACCGCUCCUCAGCCAUAUUUGAAUUUGCAGCAGUUUGCUUCUGAGUUCGCUGACUCCCCUCCGCUGACUGAACCAAAUAUUGGUUCGUCUCUGGACGAGAUGAUGUUAACCGGAUCUCCUAGCGCUCAUUUUAAUGAGUUCGGAACCAAUGUUGAUAGAAUCUCCUUGGGACGAGCUCAGGGGCCCUCUGAUCAGGGACUUGUCACCUCCUCAAUUAUGGGAGAUGAAGUUGAAUCGAGGAACGAAACUCCUCAAGAUGUUAGCUCGCUUAAUCCUGAAGUUGUUCUCGCGACUCAAGACUACGAUGUCGGGGGUGCUAUUGUCUCAAAUCAAGCAAGAGGGGAAGGCGGUUCGCCUAUGAAUGAAUGA